GGCCCUGUUUCGGUUACUGCAAGAUCCAUCAAUCACCAGGAACUACACGAUCUCGACGGAGGGCGGUGUCGUAUAUAAGGCUCCCCGCCGCGCUCCUCGCGCGAGGUGGCCGUCUCGUUCUGUCUCGUCUCUCUCCUCUCUAGAUGUGUCUUUGACUGGCUUUUGGAUUUUCACUGAUGCGACGUUCCGCUGUGCGUGCGGCAGGCGUAUUAGCCUUCGCUGCUUCCAACGCCCUCCUAGUUGCUGGGGAUAAUACGACAUGUCCAGGACCCCUCUUGGAUUGGUACAUGAACUAUGUGGGCGAGACGCCAUGUAUGACCUACCAACGUCUACGACAGCUCUGCGAUGCGAAGUACACCGUCCCCCUGUUCCGCAAGACAGCCCCAGGAGACCAGUGCGACACCCAAUUCUCGGCAUGCUGCUGUAACUCCGUUGCGUGGUCGCUGAGCAUGCUCUGUAUGAAUUGCCAAGAACACGCGGUCUCGAAUGGCUCAGGGUCCAUCGAAGCUCCGGUGGGCGGUUACUACAAGUACAGGUUCGCGAACGCGACGUCUCACACAGGCUACUGUGGCGACGGGAGCAACGGAACGCUCCCGUCGCAGGUCCAGAGCGCCGUCUGCAACAGCAAUAUCAAGAUCGCGGACUGGCUGUACCCGGACUACUUCCCGGAUGGUUCAUGGUUCUACACGAAUUUCAUGAACCAGGCGCAGCUGAACCAGACGUCCUCGAAUAAUAACACCUUCACUCAUUGCAAUUCAACUAAUCUUGCCAAUAACUCAUCGUCGUCAUCUUCACUACCUUCAGCAACAUCACAAAGCCAGGGAACGACGAGCUCCGCCCCCGCUAGCUCUGUGACCACAGGCACUGUAGCUGGGGCGGUCAAGAGCAGCUCGAGCAACACUGGGGCUAUUGCGGGCGGGACCGUCGGCGGCGUGCUGGGUCUCCUGCUUAUUCUACUCGGCGUCGCGGUGUUCAUGAGGAAGAGGAAGGCGGCGGCCAAUGUUGUGGCGGGGGCGAGAUCGGGGGAUGUACCGCCGUUGACGGCCGUCGAACAGCCCCGGGCACCUAACCAGCACGGAGUGGUGCCAUAUGAUGUCCCAGAAGCAUACCCAUACGCGGUGCUCGGCCGACCCAUCUCGGGCAAACAUGGUAUAUUCUCGCCCCCAUCGGCAACGAACCUCACCUCCGCGACGAGUGCCUCUGGGACGAUGCACACACGCACGGACAGCACGAGCAAUAUGUCGAGUGACAUGCGGCAAACGAACACGUUCACGAUGCCCGUGGUGCUCGAGCCGGAGCAGGACGCGGGGCGACUGACGGCGCUGCGGCCACCGCCAGCGUACCGGAGCUCGUGGGACGAUAGAGGUUAGGACGGCCAGUGAGGACAUAUCUAAGUACCUAUGCCACCCUCGAUGCAGAGGUUAAUUUAUGCGGAGCGGGCCUCGGACUACGGAGGAGUGACGAGUCGCUCGAUUGUCGACCCUUUGUAUAUUUUGCAGAGGAUUAUCGUAGGCCCCUGUCGCUCGUUCCUGUACUAUGGUCGUGUAUAUGAUGCGCGCGGUACGGGUUAGUAUGUUUGCGAGGUUUGUCGGGAGUGAGUGAAGACGGA